AUGGGUAAUCGAAAUGGAACACAUGUACUUACUGAAAGAGAUGUUGAAAUUUUAAUAAAAACAAGUGGAAAAAGUGAAAGAGAAAUUCGUCAAUGGUAUGAUGAAUUUCAUCAAGAUACUAAUCAUACUGAUCGAAUGGAUAAACGACAAUUUCAAGUAUUCUAUUCGAAAUUACGAAAAAAAUCAAAUCUACAACAAAUAACUGAUCAUAUUUUUCGAGCAUUUGAUGCUGAUCAAUCUGGUACGAUUGAUUUUUCUGAAUUUCUUUUUGCUUAUAUUGCAACAAGUGAAGGUACAAAACAACAAAAAUUUGAAUAUGCAUUUGAAGUCUAUGAUAUAAAUGAUGAUCAAGUAGUUGAAAAAAAGGAAGCAAAAAAAAUUCUUAAUUUAAUAUGUCGAAUUAUUGGUUUACCUGAAGAAGAUGCAAAAACUUAUACAAAUACACUUAUGCUUACAUUCGAUACAAAUCAAGAUAAAGUACUAAGUAAAACAGAAUUUAUUAAUGGAUGUUUACAUGAUAUUACAUUAGCAAGAUUUGCCAAUCCAUUUGAAAUAUAA